AUGCGCUUCACAGUACUACUCAACGCCGCCCUCGUGUCGCUCUCCGCUGCCUCGCCCUUGAGCGGCAGCGCUGCCACCCUGGGCCUGGCCUCUUGGAACCUCGAAGGCUAUGCAAAGGACAACCCGAUCGGUCCCACGACGGGCGGCGAGGGCGGCGAGACUGUCUACGUGUCCAAUGCUCAAGACCUCCUCGAGGCCGUCAAGGGCGAUGAGCCGCGCAUCGUGUACGUCAAGGGGGAAAUCAGCCUGCCUGAGCGUCUGAGGAUCGGUCGAAACAAGUCUGUGCUGGGUGUGGGCUGGAAUGCGCACAUCAAGCAGAAUGGCAUCACCAUCAACGGCGUCGACAACAUCAUUGUGCGAAACUUGAAGAUCUCCAAGAUGGUGGACGCCGACGGCAUUGGCAUCAACAACUCGACCCGCGUCUGGAUCGACCACAAUGAGCUCUACUCCGAGUUCAGCGAAGAGGUUGGCCCGGACACAUAUGACGGCCAGAUUGACAUCAGCCGCGCGUCCGACUGGAUCACCAUCUCCUGGAACUACCUCCACGACCACUGGAAGUCCUCGCUCGUGGGCAACAGUGAUUCUCUCCGCGACGUCGACUUUGGCACGCUCCACAUUACGUACCACCACAACUACUGGCGCAACUGUGGCACCCGUGGUCCUGCUGGCCGCUUCGGGCACCAGCACAUCUACAACAACCUGUACGAGGACUUCCACUUUCAGGCCAUCCACUCGCGGUCCGACAACCAGGUCCUGGUCGAGGGCAAUGUCUUCAAGGGCGACACGCCCAUUGCGCUGGACACAUACGGCCUUGUGAUCCCCAAAGACAGCCCGAACACGUGUGUCUGCGGCGAUGAGGAGAUUGACGGGUUUGCCAACCUUGGUGCGAAGAACGACUGGGGCGGUGCCAUUGUCAACAUCACCCAGGAGGGAGACUUUACCAAGGCGGAUUACAAAUUCAAGCUUACUCCCCUGUCGCUCGUGAAGCCGCUCGUCUGGCUGGGCGUGGGCGUGGGCAAGGUGUGGGUGUAG